GUUUCAGAUGCCUUCCACAAGGAGACAACAGGAGGGCGGAGGUGCAGAUGCGGAAACACAUACCGUUUACGGUACAAAUCUGAUAACAAAUCGGAAUAGCCAAGAAGACGAAAAUGUUGUGGAAGAAGCGGAGCUGAAAUACGGAGCAUCUCACGUUAUUCAUCUAUUUGUGCCGGUGUCACUAUGCAUGGCUCUGGUUGUUUUUACGAUGAACACGAUUACGUUUUAUAGUCAAAACAAUGGAAGGCAUUUACUAUACACUCCUUUUGUCCGGGAAACAGACAGUAUCGUUGAGAAGGGAUUGAUGUCACUUGGAAAUGCUCUCGUCAUGUUGUGCGUGGUCGUUCUGAUGACAGUUCUGCUGAUUGUUUUCUAUAAAUACAAGUUUUAUAAGCUUAUUCAUGGAUGGCUUAUUGUCAGCAGUUUUCUUCUUCUUUUCCUAUUCACUACAAUCUAUGUGCAAGAAGUUCUGAAAAGUUUCGAUGUGUCUCCCAGCGCACUAUUGGUUUUGUUUGGACUGGGUAACUAUGGAGUUCUCGGAAUGAUGUGUAUACAUUGGAAAGGUCCAUUGCGUCUGCAACAGUUCUACCUUAUUACAAUGUCUGCACUAAUGGCUCUGGUCUUUAUCAAGUACCUACCAGAAUGGACUGUGUGGUUUGUGCUGUUUGUUAUCUCGGUUUGGGAUCUGGUUGCCGUGCUCACACCAAAAGGACCAUUGAGAUAUUUGGUGGAAACUGCACAGGAGAGAAACGAGCCAAUUUUCCCGGCGCUGAUUUAUUCGUCUGGAGUCAUCUAUCCCUACGUUCUUGUUACUGCAGUUGAAAACACGACAGACCCCCGUGAACCGACGUCGUCAGACUCAAAUACUUCUACAGCUUUUCCUGGAGAGGCGAGUUGUUCAUCUGAAACGCCAAAACGGCCAAAAGUGAAACGAAUUCCUCAAAAAGUGCAAAUCGAAUCGAAUACUACAGCUUCAACGACACAAAACUCUGGAGUAAGGGUGGAACGGGAGCUAGCUGCUGAGAGACCAACUGUACAAGACGCCAAUUUUCACAGGCACGAAGAGGAAGAGAGAGGUGUGAAACUUGGUCUGGGCGACUUCAUUUUCUACUCUGUUCUCCUCGGCAAGGCUUCAUCGUACUUUGACUGGAACACGACUAUCGCUUGUUAUGUGGCCAUUCUUAUCGGUCUCUGCUUCACUCUUGUCCUGCUCGCCGUCUUCAAACGAGCACUCCCGGCUCUGCCAAUUUCCAUUUUCUCCGGACUCAUUUUUUACUUUUGUACCCGCUGGAUCAUCACCCCAUUUGUUACACAAGUCUCUCAAAAGUGUUUAUUAUAUUAAUUCUCUGUUUUUGCCAUUUCUUUGCAUCAUCAACUUUUCGAUUAUAUCUUGAGCGAUCUCAAAGCUUUAUUUUACAUACCUAUUUAUUUUUGAACUUUGUCAUUUAAGUUAUAUAAAUAAUUUAUUAAACG